AAUAUUCUUCCCAACUUUCGCAAUUACAACAAUCUACGCUGAUUGGUCCCACACUCGCAAGUGGAAGCAAUCCCUCAAAGCCCAACAACAGGAAUUACUAGCAGCACAUUAAUUUAGAACAAAGCUAAAAAAUCAACAACAUGGUUAUUGGAGUAACAAAGCAGUGGGUAUGGUUGAGCCUGCCAAUUCUUGGUGGUGUCGUCGGAAAUUAUUUGGACAACAAGGAAACCGAACGAAUGACCAUGUUCCGAGACAAGAGUGCUCUCUAUCAUCGAGUACUUAAGCCAGGCGAAUCUCCAUCCUGGUAGAUCUCGCCUUCUUUAUUUUAACUGCAUAUGUGAAUGAGUAAUUAAAGUUUAAAUAUUCUUCAUA